AUGGACAUCGGCGGGAGAUCCACUUUUGGCGGAUAUAUGUUUCAAGGACAAGGACGAAUGAAUCAACUAGGUGGAGUCUUCAUUAAUGGGCGACCUCUUCCUAAUCACAUCCGCUUAAGAAUCGUAGAAAUGGCCGCCGCGGGAGUCCGUCCUUGCGUGAUCUCUAGGCAGCUUCGAGUCUCACACGGCUGCGUCUCGAAGAUCCUGAAUCGAUAUCAAGAAACUGGAUCCAUUCGUCCGGGUGUGAUUGGCGGCAGUAAACCACGAGUAGCCACGCCGGAAGUCGAAACUAGGAUCGAAGAGUUGAAGAGGGACAAUCCAGGAAUAUUUUCUUGGGAGAUUAGAGAUAAACUUCUGAGGGAAGGUUUCUCGGAUCCACCAAGCGUCAGUUCCAUUAGCAGACUUCUUCGGGGCGGACGACCAGGGGAUGACGGAAAGAAGGAUUAUACUAUCAAUGGCAUAUUACGUGGGGGUCGCUGCGGUGACGACUCUGACACGGAAAGUGAGCCGGGCAUUCAAUUGAAGCGAAAGCAACGCAGAAGCAGAACGACGUUCACUAGUGAGCAGCUCGAACAGCUGGAAGCUGCGUUUCAACGAGCUCAAUAUCCAGAUGUUUACUCCAGAGAGGAAUUAGCCCAGAGAACUGGACUGACGGAAGCGAGAAUUCAGGUGUGGUUCAGCAAUCGCAGGGCGCGACUUCGUAAACACAAUGGUAAUAUACAGCACCCGAUGACGAACCUGCAGUUGACGACCUGCCAAUACGCCGCGGCUAGUCACGAGCUCGUACAGAUACCGCAGGUGCCACAGAUGCCGAGCGGAAUACCGCAGGUACCCACCACGUUGCAUCAUAGCCCGACGACGCUGCAUCAGACGCCUAGCAGCGUUCACCAAGUCUCCGGCAGCACCGCUGUCGCCCAAAUGACGAGUACAAUGGCUCAGGUACCUACUACGAGCAGCGCUCUUCAGGGACACGCAGUCACCAUUUCCGGUCAUAUCGGCUCGCUUCCUGCACACGCAGCCUCCGUGCAACUCGCGCAGGUAUCAGCAAUGCAACCACCCGUCGCGCACGGUGCGCCGUCGCUUUCACACAACGCCGGUAACACUGAUUGGUCUAGAACGCAGCUCAGCUGGGGACAGUUCAAUCAUUUUCAGAGCAGUGACUAUGGCAAUCAUCAACACGGAAAUUCCCAAAGUACUCAGUCUUCGAAUACUCCGAAUACGGCGGGGACAACGCCAGAAUGGUAUGACCAAGGCUACGAUUACGCUCAGCAUACUCAGCUUAAUUAUCAUCGUAGUAUGGGUGGAAUAUUUUAA